UGUGGAUCUGGCUGUCAGCAGCAGCUGUGUGGACUCCUGCACGCGCACACACACACACACACACACACACGCCUCUCCUGGACUGGACUGGACCUAUCCCGACCUACCUACCUGCCCCUCAUGCUCAUUUAAGGAAAGGAUGCCUGGGUCUGCGUCCCUGUGCUGAGGAGGCGGCGGCGGGCAGCAGUAUGGGCGCUGCGCUGGCCAGCAUCCCCACCACCACCGCCACCACCACCACCCCCUCCUCCACCACCGAUCUGCCACCAUCACGCUGCCCCACUGACACGGGCGCUCCCCCAAGCCCCGCUGAUGGGCGAAGACACUGACGCCACCCCAGCACUCAACCUCCGCGGCUUCCUCCCCGACCACAACUAUGUGACUGAAGCUGAUAUCAUCUCCACUGUUGAGUUCAACCACACUGGAGAGCUCCUGGCCACAGGGGACAAGGGGGGCCGAGUGGUCAUCUUUCAGAGAGAACCUGAGAGCAAGACGGAGCCUUUCUCCCAGGGAGAGUACAAUGUCUACAGCACCUUUCAGAGUCACGAGCCCGAGUUCGACUACCUUAAGAGUCUGGAGAUUGAGGAGAAGAUCAAUAAGAUCCGAUGGCUGCCUCAGCAGAACGCUGCACACUUCCUCCUCUCCACCAACGAUAAGACCAUUAAGUUGUGGAAGGUGAGCGAGAGAGACAAACGGCCUGAGGGAUACAACCUGAAGGAUGAGGAGGGUCGCAUCAAGGACAUCUCCACCGUGACCUCCCUACAGGUUCCGGUGCUGAUGCCGAUGGACCUGAUGGUGGAGGUGAGCCCGCGCCGAGUGUUUGCAAACGCCCACACCUACCACGUCAACUCCAUCUCCGUCAACUCUGACUAUGAGACCUACAUGUCGGCCGAUGACCUGAGGAUCAACCUCUGGCAUCUGGACAUCACUGACCGCAGCUUCAACAUUGUGGACAUCAAACCAGCCAACAUGGAGGAUCUGACAGAGGUGAUCACGGCGGCCGAGUUCCACCCCCACCACUGCAACUUGUUUGUCUACAGCAGCAGCAAAGGCACGCUGCGCCUCUGUGACAUGAGAGAAGCGGCGCUGUGUGACAAACACUCCAAAUUGUUCGAGGAGCCCGAGGACCCCAGCGCCCGCUCCUUCUUCUCUGAGAUUAUCUCCUCUGUGUCGGACGUCAAGUUCAGCCACAGCGGUCGCUACCUGCUCACCAGAGACUACCUGACCGCCAAAGUCUGGGACCUCAACAUGGAGAGCAAGCCCUUAGAGACGUAUCAGGUUCACGAUUACCUCCGCAGCAAGUUGUGUUCCCUUUAUGAAAACGACUGCAUCUUUGAUAAAUUUGAAUGUGCCUGGAACGGCUCGGACAGCGUGAUCAUGACCGGAGCCUACAACAACUUCUUCCGCAUGUUCGACCGGAACACUAAACGCGACGUGACGCUGGAGGCCUCGAGAGAGAGCAGCAAACCCCGAGCCGUGCUGAAGCCGCGGAGGGUCUGCGCCGCCGGAGGAAAGCGCCGGAAGGACGACAUCAGCGUGGACAGCUUGGACUUCACCAAGAAGAUCCUCCACACGGCGUGGCACCCGACGGAGAACAUCAUAGCCAUCGCGGCCACCAACAACCUGUACAUCUUCCAGGACAAACUCAACUCUGAGAUGCAUUAACAACUGGACGCGCUUACACCCAAACACAACAACUAUGCCAGAAUGUACUCAUGAACAUAACACACCCAGGAAUAUGCCUAACUCACAUGCACACACACACACACACAUAUAAUCAGAAAACACAUGUCUGUGUCCACACUUUGUUCACCUCCUGUCCAGCCUCCCAGAACUGAAAGGACCUAGAGAGGGCUAAGAAGGGAACAGGCUGGAUUACACGAUGGAUUAUGGGUUGAAAAACAUGUCCAAACUGUGGAUUUGUUGAUUGUUAAGCUCUGGAUUGUGCGUGAUGAUUGCUACAUCAGCUUCUGAGUGUGAUAAACCCUUCAGACUGGAGAGAUGUUUACAUGUUUAUCCUUUUUUUUUUUCUCUUCUUCAGGCUCUUUUGCCUCCUCUUCCUCCUCCUCCUCCUCUGCUUCCUCCACCUCUCUAUAUUUGUGUGCUUGAGUGAAGCCUAUUCUUAUCCCUCGCCCACUGUUGUGUGUAUCAAGAAACCUACAUGGUUGUCUACCAGCGGCGUGGAUGAAAAAUGGGGCCUUUAUGUAAGCAGCUGUCUGUUUGAUUUCAGAUCAGUAACCCCCCCCCCCCCCACAAACACACACACACUUUUGUUCCCGUAAUUUGUUCAAUGAUGUCAUCGCAAGUGAUAACAAUGACGAUUUGAACAGAUAUGUGUAACGCACUAAGACAAAUUUGAACCUAAGUGCACCCAGAAGUCUCUGAGCUCCACUGGACCAUGUUCAGCGAAGUUAA